AGAGAGAUGGCAGAAGGGUCGUACGUAAAGCUAACAGAGGAUCAAAUUGCCUUACAAAACAUCACUCCUGGUGAACUAAACGAACCCAUUGAUAUCGAAAAGGUAAAUGGUAGAACAUGUGAGCUAUGUGGGCAAUCCCUACCUGUAUCGUACGUGCCUCCAGCGGACGAAGAUUGGGCUACCGGCAUCUUUGGCUGCCUUGAUGAUUCUAAUAGUUGCGUGACAGGGUUGUUAUGCCCGUGCGUGCUAUUUGGGCGCAACAUGGCGGUGAUGAACGAGAAGAUAUCCCCGGAUAGGGCAUGCGUGGGCCAUGCAGUGUGCGUGGAAGGUGGCAUAGCGGCCGCUGCUUUAACGAUGGCGUGUAACGGGAUGAUUGAUCCGGACACGGUGUGCCUGGUGACGGAGGGUUUGUUGUUCGCGUGGUGGGUGUGCGCCAUAUACAGCGGGAUGGGGCGGCAGUUGCUGCAGCGGAAAUACCACUUGAAGGAUUCACCGUGUGAUCCGUGUGCAGUGCACUGCUGCUUGCAUUGGUGCGCCAUAUGCCAAGAACACAGAGAGAUGAAGCAUCAUCUCUCUGAGGAAUCGGCGGCCAUUGUUGAUCUUGAUCCGCCUCAACUGCAGGAGAAGAUCAACGCUGCUGCUGCCUCUGCUAAUUCCCAACCAAACAAUCAAAUUGUAUUAGUAACUACUAAUCAUGAUAGUAAUAAUGUGUAG